AUGCUCUCAUGGGUUCUAGCGUCUGCCUCGCCAACCCCCGAAGCUCCGGCUCAUCAAUCGAAGACCAUGGUGACGGGUCGUGUGUGCAAAAAUCCCCUCGGUCUUUUUACGAAAGGGUCGGCUCAGGAGACCCUGGAGGUCAAACUACGACUGGUACCGGUCCCCACGGUCAUGCAAAGUGAAUAUAUCGACAGCAUGCAAAAAUAUCGUGAGCUUAGCAAUGUCAUUCCCCACGACUUCGAUGCCCAGUCCUGGACAAGCUUUAUGCGUCAAAACCCGGGCCUGCUGGAGCGCUCCCGAAGCCAGCAACUUGAAUCUGCCUCGUCACCCAUGAAUCACUCGGGUAUUGAACGCUUCCACCAACUGUUGAGCGAAGGAGCUACCCCGCGCGAAUUUUCGAACUACCCAAGUAAUGAAUCAACCCGCUCUCUAUCACCCACCCAUUCCUACGGUGCCCCAAGCCGGAUAUCUACUCCCGGCGGAAUGCGACCUUCAACACAACAACCAUCUCAAUCGAAAGGUUUCACAUCCAACGACAUGAUUCGUCCGUCAUCGAGUGCCUCUAUGCGCGAUAGUGAUAUUCAAGCUUCAAGCUAUCACCAACGAAGAGGAUCUAUCAUGUCUGGCUAUGGCAGUGGAGGAGAAGAGCCCACAGACCCUCAGCCUCGGAAAAGGGCCAAGGUCUACCAAGCAAGCUGGCCUGGUAAAUCCGAUAUGAACAUUGAGCGACAGCCGAGUUCCCUUAGAGUGCAAGCCAGCACAGCUGCUUCGGUCCGAAUCCAUCGCCCAACUCCAGUGAACCCUCUUCUGGCCGCCGAACACUCUAACGAGGAGCCUGUUCGUCCGCCUACUCCCAUUUCACGCCCUGGUGACCAUUCCCGACGAGCAAGACCUUCUUCGAGCUUGCUCCGUGAGUACUCUGUUCACAGUUCCUCCUCUUACAUGUCACCCUACGCCCACAGUGACGAGGUGCUCACAACGGAUCAAACUUCACCUGAUGACUCCCGCUACCAAGGUCUCUUUGAGACCUCAUUCAGCAUGCCAUCGUCGCCUCCUGUUGUGGAGUACCGCUUCCCGUCCAAGUCGAGUCCCAACCUGCCUCCAAUCUCUUUGGAUACUGACUCUGGGUUCAUGAGUGGUGCCUUGGAUGACAUGAUGGACGAUGUAACCACACCUGUCGAGGAAGUCCAAAGGAUCGAGCCGAAUGCUGAUGACCAAAACCUAUCUCGCUCUGUCCGAUCCGCUGUCCAGGCCACCUCUCCUGCCAGCACUGCUGACAUCAUACCCCCGAAAACCAGCGAUUCUUCCUCGCAGCACCCGACAAGUGCCAACGCUAGACGGCCGCUUCCACGUACGCAAUCAUGCGCUUCUUCCAGACCUAGCUCACGAGCUGGCGGCCAAUAUACCCCGAAGCAACUCGCCCCAGCCCCGAUGUCCCAGAGUGAAUUCGAGCAGAUGAUAGCUACACUCCCGGCCAGUGACCCAGUCGGUCCUUCUCAUCCUCCUCUUGUUCAUGCCCAAACGUGGGCUGGACCUAUGAGUGACUGCUAUGGCCAGUCGCCGGAUGCAUCAGCUCCUCCGCCUCCCAAGGGUGGAAAAAACCGCAAAGGCGACUCAUCAAAACAGGCUAAGAGAAUCCAAACCCGUGCAGAAUGUGCAGUUAGGGAAGGUCAGAUGCCUCCUUACUGCGAGAACUGUGGCGCCAUCGAAACGCCGACAUGGCGGCGGGCAUGGUCCAGGGAAUUUGACGGGGAUGCGGACCUCGCGAAAAGCAUGUCGGUUAGCGAGCACCACUUGUUUUGGGAACCAGUGGAAAAGGACGACAAUGAUCAGGUCACAAAGUUCAAGAUCUACAAAAAGACACUUCUUGAAGAAGAUGUUGACUAUGUCCAAGUCCUCCUCUGCAAUCCUUGUGGAUUGUGGCUCUUCAAGGCCAAAAGUAUGCGCCCGGAGAACAAGUGGAACAAACAACCUGCCGAAAAGAUCGGCGAAAAGAGACAGCGACCUUCUAGAAAACGCAAGCAGAGUGGGGGCCCUCUUUCUAAACCCUCGAGACGCACCCGCAGCAAGGUUGCCAUAAGUGAGGUUGCCGCCUCGUCUCCAGCCCCGACAGAGGCUUCAUCUAUACACCCCGAGGAGGGCGCUACUUCUCAGGGCGCUACUCCUCAAGUGGAAAAUGCACAUGACGAAACUCAUACCGAGGCUGAGGAUUGUGAAGAAUCUGCUAGCAAACGUCGCCGAGCAAACAGCGCCGAGCCACCUCGCUCUACUGAUUCUGGGAGGAGUCGCUGGGAAGGCCAGGAUGCUGUUGAGGCUCUCAAGCUUGCAAUUCAAUCCAGCCCAGCAAGGAAUAUGGAAUCACGAAAAAUUCCUCUGGCAGACGAUACUAAGCUUACUCCAAAGCCUGUACGCCGGGCGUUGUUUCAAGCGGGCCAGCAAGACGGCGCUUUGAGAGAGCUAGGCGCCUCAUUCGUCAACAGCUGUUCUCCUCGACGCAGCCCUCGCAUCGCUUCUACGUCACACGACGACAAGCGCCAACAAGAAAAGGAGAAUCAGGGACAUCCUGACAUUGACGAUCUCUUUGAAAGUCCCGCCAUGGACUUCGACCUGCCGGUCAGCCCCACCCCCCGUCGACGCAAUACCUAUGUCAACGUAAUGCACGAGAGACGCCGUUCUUUGCCUACAAACUCCCCCACCGCCAGCAGAAAAAGAGAAGCUGGUGCGGCCGCAACCGCAGCCCGACUCACUGCGGAGCGCCUUCAGCGUAUCCAGGAUAGCCCCCAGUCUACUCCUCGCCAAAACCGCUCGCCCAAUAAGACUGGUUCCACGGCACUCUCCGAUGGAGACCUCCAUACAGAUGCUUUCAAUGCUCUUGAUGGCAUGAUGCUCGACAUCUUUGAUGAGGCCAACCGUCCUACGCUUAACUUGGACGGAGUGAAGUUUUCUGGAAACGACUGGGCGGACUGGCUCCCCUCAGACUACGUGUCGCCAACUGGAUCUGAAGACGGACCCGCUCCUUCGGAAGAUUUGAUCAAUGUUGUCCUAUCUGAUCCCAGCGCCAUGAAGGAGAACAUACACCCUUCCGACUUCAACAUCUUCAACUUCGAUAAUACCGAUAUCCCUGACUCGGGCUUCUUCAGCUCCGAUGCCCUCCAUGGAGACGGCCCUUCCAAGGCCCAGUCUAUCCAUGAGAACCCCAGUGGACAGGCAAACUCCCCUAAUGCCUCGACACCACAAUAA